CCCAUCAGGUUCACCAACCAUAUGGAAUCCAGAAACCAAACAGUUGUUUCAGAAUUUCUUUUUCUGGGACUGACAGAUGAUCCAGAACUGCAGUCCCUCUUGUUUGGCCUGUUUCUGUUCAUAUAUCUGGUCACCUUCUUGGGAAACCUCAUUAUCCUGGCUGUCAGCUCUGACUCUCACCUCCACACCGCCAUGUAUUUCUUUCUUUCCAAUCUCUCCUUCACUGACAUUGGCCUCAGCACAACCGCAAUUCCAAAGAUGCUGUUGAACCUCCAAGCACAGAAUAAGAGCAUCACUUACACAGGAUGCCUCACCCAGACCUGCUUUGUCAUUAUUUUUGUUGUUUUGGAAAAUUUUCUCCUUGCUAUAAUGGCCUUUGACCGUUAUGUGGCCAUUUGCCAUCCACUGAGAUACAGUAUCAUCAUGAAUCCCCACCUCUGUGGCUUGCUCUCCCUACUCUCCUUGUUAAUUAGCAUUGUGAAUGCUCUGCUCCACAGCCUGAUGGUGUUGCGCCUGUCCUUUUGCACAGAUCUGGAAAUUCAUCACUUCUUCUGUGAUCUUGCCCAGAUUCUCAACCUUGCCUGUUCUGAUACUCUCAUCAAUUACAUCCUAGUGUAUUUUGUGGUUGCUGUUUGUGGUGGUGUUUCCCUCUCAGGAAUCAUAUUCUCUUAUAUUAAAAUUGUCUCCUCUGUUUUAAGAAUGUCAUCAGCAAUUGGCAAGUAUAAGGCUUUUUCUACCUGUGGGUCUCACCUCUCAGUUGUUGCCUUAUUCUAUGGAACAGGCUUUGGUAUUUAUUUCAGUUCUGCAUUUACAAACUCAUCCAUGAAGACAGUCGUAGCCUCAGUGAUGUACACUGUGGUUCUCCAAAUGAUCAACCCAUUUAUAUACAGCCUGAGGAACAAGGACAUUAAGGAAGCCUUGAGGAAAGUGGUUGGUAGGACUCCAUUAUUUUAG